ACACCCAAAAUUAGCUAGAAUUAAUUUGAACCCACUAGAAUACUAGAAUUGAUUUUACUUAGUUCCAAACCGAGUCAUUUAACCGGCCGGUUCAAUAUCUCUCUUUGGAAGGAGCAACAUCGAGCUACAGUUAUCAAAGCUUGAAAGUUGAAAGGAAGAUCGGGAGUGGAUCUUGUGUGAGCUUUAUUCGAUCGAGUAUGUAGCUAACAUCUCCUCAUCUUCACUUUCUCUGAUUCUGGUAAAGGCUUUUGGAAUGGCAGCUAUUUACAGUCUUUACAUCAUCAACAAGUCUGGUGGAUUGAUCUACUAUAAGGAUUAUGGAUCUGCUGGACGAAUGGAUACCAAUGAUACGUUACGGGUGGCUAGUUUAUGGCAUUCCAUGCAUGCCAUCUCUCAGCAGUUAUCACCUGUUUCAGGUUGUGCAGGAAUUGAGCUACUCCAAGCUGACACAUUUGAUCUCCAUUGCUUCCAAUCACUGACAGGGACAAAGUUUUUUGUGGUCUCUGAGCCUGGAACUCAACAAAUGGAAAGUUUAUUGAAAUUCGUAUAUGAAUUAUACACGGAUUAUGUUUUGAAGAACCCCUUCUAUGAGAUGGAGAUGCCUAUUCGUUGUGAGCUCUUCGAUAUCAACCUAACUCAAGCAGUACAAAAAGAUCGUGUUGCAUUGUUGGCCCGAUGAACCCCUUCUAGGUUUUUGUUCAAAAAUAUUCUGCACUCUCCUAAAUUUGUUAUUCAAUGUCUUGUAUGGGGUGCUACUCUCUUUUACUAGACAAGUUAAUGUCCAACGACCAAUAGGUGAAAUUCAUUAUUUGCUCCCAUCCCUUUUCUGGUACAAAUGCAGUGCCAGUGUGUGUCUAUGUAGAUCACUACUAUCUUACCAUUUGGUGAUUGGUUCAGGGGUAUGUGGAUUCACCAAAGGUGGUACAAGGAUUUAGGUUUGAGUGUUGUGUAUAAAAAAAUGUUGGAAAAGUUAGUUUCACCGCAUUGUGGCACGAUGUGGAUAUUUCCAAAUUUAUGUCUUUGAAGUGUAUGACUGAACAAAACCUAAGCACAAAGCAAUGAAAUGAAGCUUAGCUAGAAGGGUUUUUUUCUCACUUUAAAAAUUCCAUUCCUAAA